AUGCAUCUCGUAGGCGUGAAGAGCAUGACAAUGGACCAACUGAAAUCUUACCACUCAGCGAGGCUUGACUCACUCUGCCCUGGUCACCCUGAGAUCGAAAACGAGGGUGUGGAGGUCACAACUGGGCCGUUGGGCCAGGGGCUCGCCAAUGCCGUUGGACUUGCAAUGGCCAGCAAGAACCUUGCCGCCACAUACAACAAGCCCGGUCAUGAAGUGGUGAAUAAUAUGACAUGGUGCAUGGUGGGUGACGCCUGUCUCCAAGAAGGUGUCGGCUUGGAAGCGCUCUCACUGGCCGGUCAUUGGAAGCUCAAUAACCUUUGUGUGAUCUUUGACAAUAACUCUGUCACCUGUGACGGGACAGCAGAUGUUGCCAAUACGGAAGAUAUAAACAUGAAGAUGCGAGCUACCGGCUACAACGUAGUAGACGUGUACAAUGGAGACACCGAUGUCGCUGCCGUGGCGGUCGCCCUAAUUGCUGCCCGAUCCAGUGAUAAGCCUACGUUCCUCAACAUUCGUACUGUGAUUGGAUUUGGGGCGCACAAUGCAGGUACAGCCGAAGUCCAUGGAGCUGCACUCGGAGUUGACGAAGUGGCCAACCUCAAAAGGUCGUUUGGACUCGACCCAAACGAGCACUUCCAUAUUCCAGGGGAUGUGUACGACUUCUUCCGUGAUAUUCCCGGUCGUGGGAAGACCCACGAAGCGAACUGGGAGGCAGUAGUGACCAAACAUCGGAUUAAAAACCCAGUGCUGGGUGCUGAAUUCGCGCUCCGUGUUGCAGGAAAGAUGUCGGACGACUGGUCCAAGCUAAUUCCUUGCAAGGAGGAGCAGCCUACAUCACCUACAGCAUCUCGGAAGUCUGCAGGGGUAGUGACAAAUGCCCUCGCAGGAAAUCUUAACUCGUUUUUGGUCGGCACCGCGGAUCUGACUCCUUCGUGCAAUGUUGCUUAUAAAAGCAAGGUCGACUUCCAAUCUCCCGAUCUUCGAACUGCAUGCGGCCUGGACGGAGAUUACAGCGGUCGGUAUGUUCACUACGGUAUUCGCGAGCAUGCCAUGUGCGCGAUCACCAACGGGCUUUCCGCAUUCAACAAAGGAACAUUCAUCCCUAUGACAAGUACAUACUUUGUCUUUCACUUGUAUGCCGCGGCCGCCGUGCGGAUGGCCGCACUCCAAGGUCUCCAGCAAAUUCACAUUGCCACCCAUGACAGCAUUGGUGUUGGUGAAAAUGGACCUACGCACCAGCCCAUUGCCGUUGCAGCUCUCUACCGUGCUAUGCCUAAUCUCCUUUACAUCCGUCCAUGUGAUGCAGAAGAAGUGGCAGGCGCUUAUAUCUCUGCUAUUCGAGCAACUGAGACACCUACGGUCAUCUCGCUCUCCCGUCAAGCAUUGACCCAAUAUCCCCAGAACUCUUCACGUGAGGGUGCAAUGAAAGGAGGAUAUGUAUUUGCAGAGGGCGAUGAUGGGGAGUUUGACGUCACAUUGAUUGGAGUGGGCUCUGAAAUGGUUUUUGCGAUGCAGACCCGAGAAUUGCUCAGCAAAAAGUACAGUAUCCGGGCACGAGUUCUCUCCUUUCCUUGUACUCGGCUAUUUGAACAGCAGUCUCGGGAGUACAAGCUGUCAGUAUUAAAGCCACGCUCUGAUAAGCCUACCAUUGUGAUUGAGGCGUACCCAUCUAACGGAUGGGAGCGCUAUGCCGAUGCAUCGGUGGCUGUGAACAGCUUUGGAAAGAGUCUCCCUUCUGAGGACACUUAUAAGUACUUUGGAUUUGCCCCAGAGGACAUCGCUCCCAAGGUAAAAGACCUAGUGGAGGAAGUCCAGCGAGAGGGCAUUGGAAUGCUGAGGGGCGAUUUCAGGGAAUUUAAUGGGCCCCUCCGAAUCGGCCAUGGCCAUUGA